UUUGACCCUCGACUCCUACCUGCAUAUCUGAUUGCACAUUCAACCUCAAGCAAACCAUGAGCUCUGAAACGAAAGAAAAACUACGUGCUGAGCUUGUCAAGUACUUCGAGAACAUGCUAGACGAGAAUCACCUCGAGGAGUGUGUGCGAAUCUGCGAAAUGUUCAACCUUAGCGGCGAAGAUCUCAGGUACAAGUGGGAGGCAAUGAAGCUCGGGAAAAAGGCUUUCCUAUUCACUAUGGACGAUAUUCCGGACCUGAAGGCGGAAUGUCAGAAAGACCUACUAGCAAAGGCCAACAGGGAGAAGCCCAAGACUAGAGGCACGUUGAGUGGGCCAUUGUCGAAGACUUUCGGUUCGCCGUUUCCGAAGGGAGGCUUUCGGCCUGGAGCGAUGUUAAACAGGGGAACUCCGGUCAAGAGACAAGACGGAUUUGCCGUGGCUACGGCGGGCGAGAGCAGGAAGGGUCCUGUUGCUGGGCCAAGCGGAGUGAGAUUUUCUGGCCCCGGCAUUGACGAUGAAGCCAGCAGAAGUCGGAAUUAUAGGUACAUGUACGAGAAGGUGUCUGAUCGUAGCGCAGCACUGGACUCCAGGGUUGACGAGAUGGGGGAACUGGUGAGGCUGCACUACAACAUCGAGGAUCUAGGCGACCCUUCCGCUUCGACAGAGGAAGAAGUGGUCGUAGUUGGCCGCAUUACUCUUGACUCUGAAAGCUCAGCAGGGUCAGUGAAGCUCAACGAAGCAUCGCUGACAUUGGAAUCGUCCCGCCAAAUCGGUGCUGGCGCGAGGGUGCCCCUGCGAUUCGAUCCGAAUGUGAAAGUGCGCCAAGGAAAGCAGGGUGCCGGUGGCGCUGGGCUCUUUCCAGGCGCCAUCGCUGCGUUCCGGGGGAAGAAUGGAGGCGGAGGAUCGUUCCUUGUCACCGAGAUACUCUCACUCCCUCCUCUACACCCAACGUCAGCAGGCUCGAUAAAGACGGAAAGCACCGAACCCUUCGGUGUAUGUGUCGCCUGUGGGCCGUACACGCCUGACACAGAUAUGCAAUUCAAUCAAUGGCAAAAAUUGCUGGCUAAGCUGAAGACCGACAGACCUGCCGUUGUGAUUCUAAUCGGACCAUUUAUCGAUGAUGCUCACCCCGCAGUGAAGAAUGGCGACGUCGAUGAGACUCCAGCUGACAUAUUCCGGACGGUAGUCCUAGCGAGCUUGACGGAAUUCCUGGGUAGCUCUCCGGAUAGUCAAAUCCUCAUCGUACCCAGCGUACGCGACAUGAUAAGCGAUCACGCUGUAUUCCCCCAGGGUGAACUCAGCCAUGAGUUCGCGAUAUACCCACGGAUACGAGUCUUGCCGAACCCAUGUCGAUUCUCCCUCAACGAUGUGACGUUCGGUGUCACCAGCGUCGACGUUCUCUUUCAUCUGCGGAAAGAAGAGUUCUUCAAGCGCGCUCAAGAGGUUGAGCCUGUAGCUCCUUCGGGCGGAGACGCGGCAGGCAGCGAUACAAUGGUAAAUACAUGUCGCCAUUUAUUGCAACAACGCAGCUUCUACCCGAUCUUCCCAGUCCCGCUGGACCUCUCACACGAAGUCAACCUAGAUGUCACCCACAUGGAGAGACUAAACCUCGAUAUCGACGGCGCGAAUACCAACGAAGCUCCGGAUGUUCUCAUCCUCCCUAGCAGACUGAAACACUUCUCGAAGGUGGUGGACUCCACAAUAGCUAUCAACCCAUCGUUCCUCACCAAGUUGACUUAUGCGUCGCUGGUGUGUUCGAGCCAUGAGAGUGGUUCGUCCGUGGGCGACAGAAUUAAGGCGGAGAUUGUACGACUAGAUCCAUGAUUUAGGGAGCGCCAUUCUUGUCUGUACUACGAUUCCGUGCUUGUAGUGUUGGUGAUCUACUAAGGGAUGAGAUUUCUGGAUA